AUGGACCCGCAGCCGUUGAGGUUCCACCCCGUCCAGUCCUUCGUGGACUCCUCGUUCUUCACGAACUUGUCCCACCGAAUCCUCAACGAAUACAAGUUGGACUCCUCGCCAAAACGCAUACACGGGUUCAUGGCCCAGCCGCUGAAACUCAACAAGUUCAACGACCGGCCCGUGAUCAACCUCGACUACAACUGCUUUGAGCAGGCGCAAACAGACGCGCUCACCAGGACGGUGGACGGGCGGCUCUACAACGUCAACACCAUCGAGGAGUUCAAGGCGUUGGACAAAAAGGCCCUCCUUCAGGAGUGGGGCCGCGACUUGGCCCGCAGCUUGGACCACGCGCCCCUCCGCGAGGCGUUCUAUGUCGUGUCGUUCUGCGACUUGAAGAAGUACCGGUUCUACUACUGGCUUGCAUACCCAGUCUUGCACUCCACGUGGUUUGUGCGGCGCUCGUCCCCCAACAGCGAGCUCUUGCCGCACAUCGAGAAGUUCGUGGGCGAGGGCGCGGCGCAGUUUUUCCAGGCCCAGCACGGGGAAACCACGCCGACGUUCCGCACCAGCGGCUUCUCCAAAGACGGCGUUUUUGUGUACGCGGACGCGUGUCUUGCCGCCGACGGUGCCCCGGCGGUGCCGCUCAAAAACCACCUCUACAUGCUCGCGGCCCGCGGCUUUCGCAAGAUCGAGCUCGUCAUCUACAGAAACAACAAUCUGAGCACGGCCGUGCAGCUCGAGCUCGACCCGGCGUUCAGUGCUCAAAGCCCGCCCAUGGUGGCCGGGUGGGAGCGCACGCCGCAGGGCAGGCUCGGCCCGAAAAUGGCCGACUUGGGCUCCCUCAUCGACCCGCGCCAGUUGGCCGACCAGGCCGUCGACUUGAACCUCAAGCUCAUGAAGUGGCGCGUGGCGCCGCACCUCGACUUGGACGUCGUCAGGCGCCAGAAGGUGCUCUUGCUCGGGGCCGGCACGCUCGGCAGCUACGUGGCCCGGGCGUUGAUGGGCUGGGGCGUGCGCGAAAUCAACUUCGUGGACAGUGGCCGCGUGUCGUACUCGAAUCCCGUGAGGCAGCCGCUCUUUGCGUUCCGCGACUGCUUCGGGGCCGCCGGCCAAGGCGCCGAAAAGGCGGCCCGGGCCAGCGAGGCGUUGGCGGAGAUCUUCCCCGGCGUGUCCUCCAAGGGCUACAACAUGGAGGUGCCGAUGAUCGGGCAUCCCGUUGCGGGCGCGGCCGAGGCCGACGCGGAACGCAGUUUUGGCCUCUUGCGCCAGCUCUUCGAUCAGCACGACGCGGUGUUCCUCCUCAUGGACUCGCGCGAGUCCCGCUGGCUCCCCACCGUCAUGGGCGUGGCCAUGAACAAAACCGUCAUCAAUGCUGCGCUAGGCUUCGACAGCUUCUUGGUUCUCCGCCACAGCCCGCUCGACAUGGCCGCGCGCUUGGGCUGCUACUUCUGCAACGACGUGGUGGCGCCCACAGACUCGUUGUCGGCCCGCAGCUUGGACCAGAUGUGCACGGUGACGCGGCCGGGCGGCGCCUUGCUCGCGGCGUCGCUCGCGGUGGAGCUCUGGGUGUCCAUGCUCCAGCACGGUGAGAAAAACAGGGCGCCGCAUGGCGGCACCUCCAGCUUUGGCGACGUGCCGCACCAGAUCAGGGGCUUCCUCCACAACUUCACCCAGACCAAGCUCAGCACGCCGGCAUACCAGCACUGCUCUGCAUGUUCCGAGACCGUGGCACAAAUGUACCAGGCGGGGCAGUGGGACUUUGUGAGAAACUGCCUCAAUAGCACCGGCUACUUGGAGGAGAUCUGUGGCUUGAGGCAAGUGCAAGAGGACGCCGAGAGGGCCGCAGCACAGAUGAUGGACGAGAUGUCGUUGUCAGACGGCUUUGACGCGAGCGACUAG